AAUCGAAGGCCAAGCAAAGAUGCCGCUCUAGAGAAGUUCAAACUAGCCAUGAGCUCACCUAUUACACCAAGUUCUUCCAGGCUAUCCCACAGCACCAAUGACGAAAUGUGGACUCCUUCAGCCGUGUUGGCGCUUGACGAAAGCAUAGAAAUACAGGAUUUCAGACCAACGAGAGGAAAUGUCCAAGAUCCAAUUCAAGUUUUCAAUGCAUGCAUUGAUAGCCUCGCCGAUGCUGUACAAAAACCCAGGAUUACACAUUUGGAAUCACAAGUAGAUUGUUGGGAAAAAUGCUCCUUUACUGAAAAAUCUGAAUUUGUGCAAAAAGCCGGGGAAGCGUGCCAGCUGGUGUGCGACGUCAUAGCUCCAAGAGAUGGUAAAGCGUUAUUCCAAGCAGUCGUAGACCAUGAACAGAAGUGCAAGACAGCUAUUGAUGUUGGCCUUCAAACCCUUAUGGUCGCCUAUCAGAAUGCUCCCACAAAAUCACUUAAGACUCAAAUACUGAGUAUUUAUGCUGAUAGAUUCUCAGCCAACGAGCUUAAACGCUUACAUCAACCAUUUGAAAACCUCUCCGAUAGACAAAUAAAGAAGGCAAGAGCACAGGCGACGAGUGAGGGGACUGGAGUGCUCAUUGAAAAAAUCCCGCGUCAUGGAAUCCGUAUACAACAGCGUCAGCUAGACCACUUCUUAGAGUUCACUAUGAGGCCAUAUUACUAUCAAGACGUAGCCUACGGUACUCGCACCAUAAAACUUGAGAACGGUGAAGAGUUUGUCAUACCUAACGUGGUGUGCACAGUGGCCAAGUGCACCAUCAUUAAUCAAUACAUGGACCAUUGCAAACAAACUGGAUUUCAACCGAUAAGUAAAUCCACGAUGUGGAGAGUACUAGAAGUUCAAGGGGCCACACAGAGGAAAUCAUUGCGGGGUCUAGACAAUACUGCAGCUGAGGGAGCGGAUGGUUUUAAAGAUUUUCUCCAAAUUAUAGACGAACUGGAACGCGUGGGAGCGGAAAAGGAUUGGUGUAAAGAAGUUCGGAAGAGGCUUCAGGAGAGCAAGUUGUAUUUGAAGACUACAUACCGUAAUUACUGCAAAGAAGACAAUAGCAAAUGUGCCGAUCACUGUAGGGUCUUUGCACUGAGCGAUGCUGGUGACACUGACUUUCAGAAAGUAUGCAGUCAUAGCCACAACGUGAAUUGUGAGGAUUGUGAGAAGCUGAAAAGUAUUCUUGAAGAAGUAAGUGGUGUUAUUUCUGAGUACACAAUGCAAUUGGGUAAGGUUCAAGCGGAAGACCAUCUUUAUGAAGCAAAAAAUGCUGCCGCUAAGAUCUUUGGAUGGAAAGGGCAUAUCCUGAGAGAAGAGAAUCAGAAUCAGUGCAAGCGUCAAAUUCUUGACUCUUUGAAGGGAGAUGAAGCAUUUAUAGUAGUUGACUGGGCAAUGAAGUUCACAGCAAUGAAGUUCCGGGAAAAGCAAGCAGAAUGGUUUGCUAAGAGGGGAAUCAAUUGGCAUGUGAGUAGCGUUGUUGUAAGACAGGAGGAAAGCCUAGAAGUAACUUGCUACGUACACCUUUUUAACAGCUGUAAACAAGACUGGUUUUCAGUGCUGUCAGUCCUUGAAAAUCUCUUUGUCACCAUAAAGUUACAAAAUCCAGGAAUAAAAAAGGCCUUUCUAAGAUCAGAUGAAGCAGGUUGCUAUCACAACAGUAAGCUGGUAUCAUCCCUACGAGAGCUCGGACAUCACCAGGGAAUCGAACUCGUGAGGUACGAUCAUUCUGAACCGCAGGCUGGAAAAGAUAUGUGUGACAGGAUUUUGUGUCCGUUAAAAGCGUCAAUCAGGAGAUACUGCAACGAAGGCCAUGAUGUUGUUUCUGCCAAAGACAUGUACAACGCACUGAAAGAGAGACCGGUCAAGGGAACGACGGCGUCAGUGUGCAUAGUCCAGGAACAGAACUCAACCCUAGAAAUUAACAAGAUUGCCAAUUUCAACAGCUUACACAACUUUGAGUUUACACAUGAGGGCCUGCGCGUUUGGAGAGCGUUUAAUGUUGGGCCUGGAAAGUUUAUUCCAUGGAAUAAAAUUGUAAUUUGUCCACAGAGAAAGACGGAUCUCGUGGAGGAGAUUCCAUUCCUCCCCACUGCUGCUCGACGAAUUGCAUCAGCAGGAGAAAGUAAUGAUGGCAACGACGGUAGUACCUAUCAAUGCCCUGAGCCUGGUUGCGAUGAAGAUUUUAAGACCCAGGCCGACCUUGACCUUCAUAUGAACUUGCUAGUUCAUCAUGUGAGUCCUGUGCCUGCGAGCAUGACUGAAAGUCUUUAUGACAAAGUGAAGAGGGAGUGGGUUCAUCACUUUCAGUCAUUGUCAUUAGGGAAUGAAAUUUCGACUGAACUGGUGGCAAUGGCUACAGAACCCUUGACAAAUGCUUCACAGCUUCCCGUGGGAUGGGCUCUUCAUAAGAGAAGUGCAAGUGUACGGUUUUCGCAAAAUGUCAGGCAGUACUUGACACAGAAAUUUAAUAUUGGACGAGACACUGGCAGAAAACAAGACCCAGAGCAAGUUGCAAAGGAUAUGCGAACUGCCUGCACUAUAGAUGGAGAGAGAAUGUUCAAUAGAGCAGAGUGGUUAUCUAGCAUACAGAUUCAGGGUUUCUUCUCGAGAUUGUGCCUCAAAGAGAGAUCUAAAAUACAACAAGAAUCGGAUGAUGCCACAGACGUAGACGACGAAGACGACGACUUGGUAGAGGCAUCCGCGUCUGAUGUAGACGAAGAGUGUUUGAGAGAGGCGAGGAACACAAUAAUGGAUGAGAUAGGACUGAAACAUCCAAUCAUGUUUGAUAUCUAUGAUGUGUGCUCGUUGGCAAGAGAGGGAAGGUUGCCUAGCCUGAAAGUCAAGAUACUAAGAGACAUGUGCAAACAUUUUCAUCUCUCAUUCAAAAUGCGAGAUACAAAGGCAGCACUUCUUGCAAAAAUGGAGGAAAUGAUUUCGGAGUGCAGUUGCUAUGCAAUCUAG